GGGAGCCAGACACACUCUCAGGCCCCGAAUAUAGAAAAAUUAUUGGAAAAAAUCGGAAAAAAUAAUAAAAGCCUAGCUCGCGGGGAGAAAAGCACGGGGAGCGGCGGCAGGGGCUCUCGCGCGGCGGGUGUCGGGUCCGGUCCGAGAUGGAAGGUUACCGGGGCUCCAUGUGAGGUUGACUAAUGCGGUGCUGGAAACUUUCUGGACAGUAAAAAUGCAGAGCAGUGUUUCCCACUCUCCGCCAACCAUAGCUGUUGGGACAGGGUGAGGAGAAGAGAAAGAGAGAGUGAAGGAGAGGAGCGACUGAAACAGAGAGCAGAGGAAAGUGCAGAGAGCGAGAAGGACAAGAAAUACUUCAACAGCAGACUUUGGCUUACCUCGAUGUCCCCGCUGGAUUAUUGGCUCUUCCUGUGAGCUGUCGAGCAUCUUCUUUUUAUUCUGACAAACCCCCCCACAACUUCCUACGUUGAGCCUGCCGGGCAGGGGAGCCACAAGUGGAUUUUCAUGGCAGCGGCACUCUAGGGCUGCCAUGGCAGCUGCUGCCGCCGAUGCCUCACACCGUAUUACCGCACUGAAGCAGGAGGAAGAGGGACGACGGACUGCCGCCAAGCUGUUUGGGAGCGCCGCCCAGGUGCCACGGAUAGAGAGAGAGAGAGAGCGAGAGAGGGGGAAAGAGACAGAGAGGGAAGGAGGAGAGGGAGGGAGAGUGAGCGAGUGUUUGGUGUGUGGGGCCCUGUUCGCCUCACAGGAGAAGCUCCGGCUCCACGCCCUGAGUCACACGGGAGAGAAACCCUUCCACUGCUCACAACCACACUGCCCCAAGGCCUUCAGCUCCAAAUACAAACUCUUCAGGCAUAUGGCCACACACUCUCCACAGAAGACCCAUCAGUGUUCGUUCUGUGAGAAAAUGUUCCACCGCAAAGACCACCUGAAGAACCACCUGCAGACCCAUGACCCCAACAAGGAGGCCUUCAAGUGUGAGGAGUGUGGGAAGCACUACAACACCAAGCUGGGAUACAAGCGCCAUGUGGCCAUGCACUCUGCCACGGCGGGGGAUCUCACCUGUAAAGUGUGCAUGCAGAGCUACGAGAGCACCCCCAUUCUUUUGGAACACCUUAAGAGCCACUCCGGGAAAUCUUCAGGCGGCGCCAAGGAGAAGAAACACCCGUGUGAUCACUGUGACCGUCGCUUCUACACACGGAAGGAUGUGAGACGGCACAUGGUGGUGCACACCGGCCGAAAGGACUUCCUGUGCCAGUACUGUGCCCAGCGCUUCGGCAGGAAGGACCACCUGACCCGUCACGUGAAGAAGAGCCACUCGCAGGAGCUGCUGAGGAUCAAGACGGAGCCUCCUGACAUGUUGGGUCUUUUAGCUUCUGGGUCGCCACCCUGCUCUGUGAAGGAGGAGCUCAGCCCCAUGAUGUGCGGCAUGGGGCCCAACAAGGACCCCUUGAUGGGCAAACCGUUCUCCGGUGGGGCCCCUUUUCCAAUAGGCAUGUACAACCCCCACCAUCUCCAGACCAUGUCUAAUUCUGGGGUGGGUCACCCUCACCCGUCCCUGAUGCCCAGUCCGUUGUCUGCAGCUAUGGGCAUGGGUUGUCACAUGGAAACCCCUGGACCUCUUCACCCACACUCCCACCACCACCACCAUCAUCACCACCACCACCACCACCACCAUUCCCCCCCGCUGCCCACACACCACCAGUCUCCGGCUCCCCAGCAGCAGCACCAGCCCCAGCAAGCCCACAAAUACCAGCUGGGAUCUACCUCAUACCUGCUGGACAAGCCCUUGAAAGUGGAGAUGGAGAGCUUCCUCAUGGAUCUGCAGAGCGGCUCGCCGGGCCCCCUCUCCUCUGGAGAUCCACACGCUGCUGCCUCACCCCCCAAGGAUGGACUGGAGCCCACCUCGGGCCUGGUGGACGAGCUCUGCGGGGAUCACCUCCUGUCCAAGAGCCCUGCGGUGCUCGCUGAGUCUUUGUGUGCUGCUAACAUGGAUUUCUCCCACCUGCUGGGGUUCCUGCCCCUCAACUUGCCUCCCUACAGUGCCCCCAUGAGCACGGGAGGGCUGGUGAUGGGCUACACCUCAUCUGCGACCCCCUCGUCUUCCACCUCCUCUUCCUCAUCUCUGCACGCUGCAGAGCCCCACGGUGCAUUAGUCGCUACGGCACCUCUUACCUCUUUGCAACCGCAACCUCAGGAGCAGCAGAGCUCUGGCGGGGGUCUGGGCUUCGGACCCCUGCACCACCUCCCCCCAGUGUUCAGCUCCAGCCUUAGCAACACCACACUGCCUCGCUUCCACCAGGCCUUCCAGUGAGAGGGUGUGGAUAUAUUUGGGGCUGUGGUUUGUUUUAAAGAAGUUGGAGUAUUAGAAUGAAACGCAUAUGAACACGUAGAAGCCUUGAAUGAAAGUGCACACAAGCUUUGAUUGAGCCUUAAAAGAAAGUUAAACCUCAAAGGAGAAGGUGAGAAAAGAAGUUGAAGCAGCUUUUAUUUGGGCUUUCCCCCCUACCCUAUCCUAUAGUUAUAACCAUGUAUUAACCCAUCCUUUUUAUUUCCAUUUACUUCCCCUUUUAUCCCCCUCCCAUCCCCUAUUUAGUAGUAUAGAGAGAGGGCAGGAUCCGUAGGCCAAAAGGCGUGGUACUGCAUACUUUAAGUAAUAAUAUAAAAAAAAAAAAUCAAAGAUAAUUUUUUUGUGAAGAUUAUCUGUCUUGUUGUGACCCAGAAAAAAAAUAUAGUUUGAAGUGGAUAUUUUGUUUUACUUUAUUUUUCCUUUCCAAAUGUAAGAAAAUGGUAGAAUGUGUCACAUCUUGAGUUUUGAACCUCCCGUUAACAACCUAAACGUCAUGAUCAGAGCAGAGAGCCCCCCCUCUCUCCCAGUGAAGGAAUGGACAGAUUUAGACAUUGAAACAAUGAUUGAACCUAAACUAAAAUCUUCCUCCAGAUGGCCUGAGUAGAGCCACUACACCCCUUCUGCGUCUCAGAAAGUGCUCUUUAAGCAAGAGAAUUAGAUGAUCCCCAAUGAAUUUUACCUGUCACUGAUGCGCUCCUACAGUCGAGUCAGUCUAAAAGAAAAUAGGUCACUAAAAUGAACUCUUAUUAACUCAGUCACAGACAUUUUAAAGAAAAACAAAGAAAGAAUUGUGAGUAAAAGUGUGUGUUGAAAUUGAUGUAAUAUCAUGCUGGCUUUUUUACUGUUCCUCAAGAGAAGCACUUUUUUUGUUUUAAAGCAGAAGGCACUUGACCUUUAGGAAUCUCCCUGUGAAACCUUUGUCUCCUUCCUCGUGACUUUCCGGAGGUUUCCACAGCCUGAGACGUUCUCCUCAUUCUCCUUCCUUCACCUGUCUCCAUCUAACAGUUAUCUAUAAAAGCUCCAAUGACAAUAAUCCAUAACGAUAACUGCAGCCGUUACUUGGCUCCCCAACAUACCUAAAAAUAUAUAUUUUUGGAACAAACACAUCUUUAGGCAGUCUUUCAAAAAGCUGCAUCAUCAUGGUAAUGAUGAACCCUGACAUAUGUGAAUGGCAAAAACAACAAGAGAACUUCAGUGACUGAUGAGUCAAAAUGUGUUAAAGAAUGUUAUUGCAGUGUACGAAAUAUCUCAAAAAUGAAUAUUAUUAUUGCUUUUAUCUCAGUAAGGUGUAUUUUAGGUAGACGUAUUAAAACUAAGUGAUGAUGUUUUUGAUGUCUGGCAGGUUUACAUUUGAGUGUAUCUUGCAUUUUUUGAUCAAAUGGAUGAAGUAUUAGCUUUUUCCCUUAAGCUUUCUCUGUCAUAUCCAAUCUUUACCUUUACAUGUACUUGAGUUAGUAUAGCGGAAUCAGAACUGUGGAUGGGAAAUGUCUAUAGAAGGAUGUUAGUGGCUUAAUAAGCAAAUAGGAUUUGAGUUAGAUAGAUUGUUGGGAUGCUCACAUGGACGGCUUGCGUAGGUCCAGAUCCAGUGGAACAUGUAACUGUGCUUAGUCCCACUGCAAGCCCAGUGGAUUAUGUGAGUUUAGAUCCUCACUAACCAUUCACCAAUAAAGACCUGAGCCCAAAGUUAACGUAAGCUUAAAGUGAAUAGAUGUCUGUGGCACACUGAAAAACUGAAACGUUGGCUUUAAUCAAGCGUAUUCUGUCAACGCAUGUCACAUAACUGUAUUAGGUUAGUUGAAAGCAUUAAUAUGAACCUAAUAUUUUUGAUUAAAGUCAACGUUUCAGUUUUUUAAGUGCACAGCUCCAUCUGUGACACAUCUGGCGUAGAAAUGGCCCGCUCACUUUGCCUUUAGCAGUCGUCACUUCACAGGCCCCAAUCACCAUUACAUGUUAAACAAAGCAAAACAGGAAAACACAGCACAUAAAAAUGAAAAUAAAACACAUUGCUGCUUUUAGCUACGGUUGCUGAUCGACGACAACUGUAGACCACUAGAACAUUUCAAUUUCUUUUUUUUGCAAGAUGGACAGUGAGCUGAAAACAUGCACAAACAGAACCGACAAAGUGUUCAUCAUCCCCGGAACCCUAUCCCCCACCCCCCACCCCCCUGUUCUCCCCCUCCUCUCUCGCUGCUUUGUAGAGUCAAAGGUAAAGGGUCUGAAAAAGGCGAUACAUCCAGAGGAACGCAGUCACUGAAAUUCCCAGGCUUUGACAUUCAAAGCGUGGGGGGGACUCAUGACUGACUGCACAACCUGGGGUAUUGCUCGUAGUCAUAUAUUUGUUUUGUUUGUUGUCAUAUGAUAUAUUAUUUUCUGUUUGUUUAAAACAGGACCUCGAAAAACAACACAACACAUCACCUCAUUUUUAUUUGUUUUAUUUUUUCUUACCAAAACCUGGGGAGAAGAAACUACAUUUUUGCACAGUUGCUUGUUACAAAAAUGCAAGAUUUUGUUAUACUGUAGGAUAUUAAACCCCCGCCUAUGAACAGCUGAUAGCCCCUGUAUUAACAUCAAUACAAAACCAGCUGAAGUUUCCAAACCAGUGAGCAAGAUGCAGGUAAAGCAUCCCCACAGUGUGACUGUUUAUCACAACUUUAUCACUAAAAUUAUAGAUUUUAUAAUCUGAGUUCUGAGCUAAUUUAAAUUAGACACAUAAUAGUCUCCCCCAUGGAAAGUCAUUAUUUUGAUUAUGACUUGUAAAAUGAUCAAACUUUUUAUUGAUAUUGAUAUAGCUAUCGUCACCUUUAUGAGAAUUUACAUGAUAUAGCAUAUACGUAAGCAAGAUUUAAAUUUGAAUUUCUAUGAGCUUAAAAAAGGUGUUUUUUAAGAAAAAACAUCUUAGAUUAAGCCACAUUUGUAGCAAUCAAAAUGAGCUUUUAUACUUUUUGACAAAUAUUAAAUAAGUCCUAAAAAAUAAAUAAAAGAAUGAGAGAAAAACAUUCAGCAUGUAUUAAGUUUGUCCUCCCUGGGUUUCUGUGAGCUAAUCUGAAUUCUAGCACUUUCAACCUUUAAAAAAAGAGUAUUUUUUCUUUUAAAAUUCAGCUUAUAUGUUCAUGUGUUUUUAAUUUUGUAUUGAUCCUGUAUAUGUAUGUGCCAUUAGUUUGAUGUGUAGACUUUAUCAACCUUUGUGUAUUUCUCUUCUCCAAAAGAAUAACAGUAUUUUUGAUAGACUUUCACUAAUAUUCCUUUAAAUAAGAGCCCCUCUCCUUUGAAAUCUUUGUUUUUGGGCAACCAGCUUUGCUUUCUCUCUCAUACAUGUAUCUAAUCAAACUCUACAGCCAAGUGUGGGAAAAGAACAGCGACAGCAUUUCUGAGUGGGGGAGAAACCAGACCGUUGUUUGUCAAAUGUCAAAGCCACAGCCUGACCACAGCCUGCUUUUAAACGCUGUCGCAACAGAGACCCAUCUGCACGCCACUUUUAGAAAGUGUAACUGAACAAAUACCAGACAUGAAUAACCCCAAAACUUAGCACUUAAAGCCUGCAGCCAUGGUCACUGAGCUGGUUGUCCUGCCAAAAGGAACUCCAGCUGAUAAUGACUCAUAUGUGUGGCUUUAAAUUAAUGGAGUACACAUACUUGUAGGUGUUUUAAUACAACAGUGAAACACGUAGAAACGUAGUAGUCAGGCUGUGAAACACUGACAACAGGUCAUUGUCCUACCUGAGCUCAUCAGGGACAACUUUCAGAAUUGUGACACGAGUGAGUCCACCAGGACUGGACGAAUUUAUUCAUAAAGACAUCAAUCUGCUAAAAAAAAAAACUUUAAAAAAAAACGUGUUUAUGGAAUCAAAUAUAUGGAAGCCCAUUUCCGCCAAAAUAAGUUUAAAAAUAAUCACUACGAAAAGUUAAGUGAGAUAAAAAAUGAAUUAAUUAUGCUUGGUCACCAUAUAAUAAUCCAUGAUUAUGAUUAAGACUUCGUCAGUGAAGGUGUCUAUAUGGUAAACUUUUUAAAAUAACCCAGCAAAAUUGCUUUGGAAAAGAAACAUCUUUUUUACCUGGCAUUUUUUCUCCUUUUUACAAUGUUAGGGAACCUUGAAGAAAUAUCCCAGUAAAAGCUUUCUUCACUUAUUUUUAAACCUUUACGUUAUUUACAGAUAAAUAUUUUAACUUCUAUUUCCUCAGAACUACUACAUAAUGUGCAUAUAUACAAGAUUAUUACGGGACUCAGUUAUUUGAAAUGCAAUUUACUCUCUCUUCAUUAUAAGUUAAUAUGUCAUAAUUGUGACUUUUUAUCUUAGUAUUUAGUAUCAUAUCUUUUAACUUCGUAGUCUUUAUAUUUGUUCUUUUUCUGGCAGAUGUUGGCUUCCAUAGUUAGCUGACACAGAGAGGAGAUUCCAAAUGAGCACAACUAUAUAUAAAUAUAUAUAUAUAUAUUAAAUGACCCUCCCCUGACUCACAGUGAUGUGUUCCUGUUCCUUGGCUUGGCUGUAGCUCCAUUACCUCGACCUGCACCUACUAGGGAUGCACUUAUCCUCACCUUUCCUCUUUACUACUAGGUGCAGAACACAAACAUUUUAAGGGAAUUUGUUCAUCAGUUUAACUGAUUUGAUUUAAUAAUGCUCGCUCUUUAUCUCCCUCUCUUUUUUUUGUUUUGCUUUUAGUAAGGAACUGGGUACUGUCUGAUGCAGGCGAUAUCCACAUGUAGUUUUAUAUAUUUCUAGCUUAAAGUAAGUCUUUGCAUUCCAACCUUUUUGUGUAUCUCCUUUAGUGACAUAGCCCAUUUUAUUUUUUAUCACUUGCUAUAACAGCCACCUCUGGAAUAAAAAGGUGAAAGAAAAUAGAAUAUUUGCAUUCACUUACACUAUUUUAUAUAGCAUGGAGUUUAUCAACUACAGGGAGAAUUGUAUAAAUGAUGUGCUUCGGAGAAAGACAGAAACAGUCUUUGCUUUUUUUGUUAAAUAUCUCACAUGCAAUCAGUUGCUGCAAUGUAGAAGUGACAGAUUUGUAUAUUGGUGGAUCCAAAGAGAUGAUGAACACAACAACAGAAUUAUUGACUUAUUGUACAGUACAGUGUAUCUUGACUUGUCAUGUGUUAUGUUGAAAUGAUUAAAAGACAAACCAGCGGUUUCAUA